UAAAACUUACUACACGGCGCCGCAUCAAAAAAGAUUUUAUUUAUUGUUAUCUGUGUCAGAAGUGCAGCGCAGUGAUCAAGUUAUCCUGUGAAAUAGUGCAGAGCAGACACUGAGGUGUAUCUGUGUUAAAGUUCGAAGUUGACCAGUAAGAAGUACUGGCGCUAUUGAGACUCAGUCAAGCUUCACGACAGUAUUGACUUCCUGUUCCAAGCUGAAGCGAGAGGUGGCGCCAAACAUGAUUCACGUCAAUGGACAUCCGUCUUUUCCGCAAAAUUGUUGGGGCCAUAGAACUUUUCACUCUGCUCAUUGUAAUAAUUCUCAUUCCACGGUGAAGUUUACAACUUCCAACGGAGUCUACUCUGCUGCACAGAAGAUUCCAGCUUUCUCUUGUUCUUCGAUACUGAACGCGGCAAGCUGCAAAACUACAUCUGAUGACUUUUUCCGCAAAAACCGCGAUGGCUUUGGACUAUUCUUGACCAGAGAGGAAAAAGCAUUUAUGAAUAGCCAAUUCUGCUGCGUUUCAUCUUCAACUGAAAAUGGAAUCGCCUUAAAGCCAAACCAUUCCACAGCUGUGACGUACCAUCACUUGGGCCAAGACUGUGGCAUUGCAGACUCCUGUUAUGGCAGCACAAGGCGUGGCCUAAUGUCUUCCCGCAACGAACAUCUUCCAUUGACAACCAACUGCAAUCACGAAAUUACGAACCUCUGCAUGAAGGUGUGUCAACAUUCAACAAAAACGACGUUUAAUAAAGUCACCAAUCAACACAAAGAAACGGGCAAGAGCUGUACAGCAAAAGAUGGUUCGAUCGAGGGAUGUGCCUCACCUGUUAGACAAACGGAUGGUAUCCUCACCAUAUCUCAGGCCUGUCCUGAUGUAAUGGAAGGUAGUGUCUUUCACAGCUCACAAGAGCAGAAGCCCAGCAUACCAGGAGUGAUAAAUCAGGAGCAUUGUCCUUCUUCAUGCCCUUCGCAAAAGCCAACACCAAGUCUUAUUUCAACAUGCAACGAAGAAGAGAAAAGACACAGAAUUUGCUCCGUCAACCUUUGUUAUUCAUCAGCUGAUGGAAUUCAAGGAAAACCAGGAAAUGGCAUGGGACGCGCUGAUUUUCUCUCAUUUAAACGAAAUGCUACAACUGCUGCAGAUCGUGAUAAUUAUCCCGAACAACAACGCAAGAGACAUUGUUCGGGUGACGAUGUGCUCGGAAUUAUCAAUGAUCAGGUAUCUAGCGAGGUUUCUAAUCCGAAAGAUGCUUGCAAGACGCCUCUAAGUCAACCUCACCCUGACAAACGUUUGUAUGGUAAGGACACAAGCCCUAAGGUAAAGAGAUUCGGCGAACUUAGCCGAUUGCCUGAGAUGACACCGUCACCUAGUCAAGUCAAGGCCAUCACUUCCCAAACGUUAACUUCCGCCAACAACACUUUUGGCACUUUCACGUCCAGUGUUCACGUCAACCAGUCAUACGAAAUAAAAAAAUCGCUUGAAAUUGGAAAUUCGCCAAAUAGAAUCAGCGCCAACAUAACCUCUUCUGGUGCCCUCACUUCUGAUAUCGCCAUUACUUCCACCAACAGCAAAGCUAGGAGUAACAAGAUAACACCAACGAAUCAACCAAUCAUAAUUGACCUAACCGAUGAAACCGAAAACAAGCGAACCAAUUCAGAAGUAUGUCGAUCAGGUGACCAAGAUCCAAAUGAUGCAAGACUUUUCGAGCGUCGAAAAGACAUCCAUGAAAUUAUUAACACAGCGAAACCAAUCCAGCGUGAUUUGUUGGAAAGUGACAAAGCACCUUUAAAAAGUGGCGUUGCUUUCGAUCAUGACUCUAUGCCAAGAUUAAUCGGGGUACUUCCGUCGGCUACUGCAAAUGUCCUAUCGAGUUUAGCACAUUGAUUCGCAAAUGGGAGAACUUUCUAGCUCAGUUCUUGGCUUUUACAACUUGCGAGACGAGUUCAAACUGCAUGGGUAAAAUUUAUAGAAAAUGUCCUCUUUAAACAACUGCGCACCCCUUUGUGUCUUUUCGUUGUGUGACACAUGUCCUGGUCACGGGCAAACACUAAAACGAACGUCCCGGCUGAAUUAAUUCAGAUGGUUCCCAACUGACCAGAGCAACAUAGCAACAGAGUUGGAUUUUUCAUAGCAAAACGCUCCAACUCGUUUAUCUCUCAGUGAAGUAAUUAGUGGCUAAAAAUAUAACUCGUAUCAUUUAAAUUGCAGUUUACCCUUAGUCCCCACCCGCCCGCCCCCCCCUUUCCUUUUCAGCGUGAAGAUUUAGCGAGCCUCAGUAAAUGAAAUUGAAAGAUCAGACAAGCAGGUGAUAUGUACAUAUAUAGCUGAAUGAGGUAAUUUUUUUUUUCGGAUGAUGAAACGUACUUUGUCCAGUAGUAAAUUUGCUGUCUCCUUAUUUUUCCUUAAAAGUUUUCGUCUAGUGGCCUGGUCAGUUACAAUUUUCAAUCAACCCGACCGCAGUCUGGCCAAGUCUUUCAGCGAAAAAGAGGCAAUAUGAACCAUAAAAACAGAAGUAAUUAGGGCUACAGUUUCAAAACGGAAUUGUAACUAUCGAUACUUAGUCACGAGUCUGAUAUUUCAGUUUCUUACGAAAAUCAGUUCGAUUUCCUUUUCUCACCCAGCUUACUGCUAGAAGUAUAGUAUUACGCCACAACUCGGUUUUUUAAUUAAAUGAACAUAGUUACUUUCCAUGACUAUAAUCAGCUAAACUACUGUAACCGUUAUCGGUGCGAAAACUGUGUCGUUUGAAAAUGAAAAUUUUGUCAACUGUGGAUAAAUAUGAAAGAGAGAUCUUACAGGAUCGAUGUUCUCCGUCUCUCUCGAAUUCUCAUCAUUUAUCCACUUCAGUUUCGUUCGGUUCAAUUGUUCACGAGGCACGUGUCAAAAGCAGCGCUUAAUUUUAGAAAGAAAACGGUGUCUUAUUUCAGUUUCAUGUUCGUUAUGGUAAUAUGUUUUCAGUAAUAAUUUGUAAAUACAUGGCUUCCCGCGACUUCAGAUAGAAGGUAUGUUUUCAGUCGACGUUCGCCUUGUGGCUGUUGAGGUCACAAUCUGACCCAAUCUUCGUGACGAGGAAGCGAGUGAUUCAGUCACUUGAAAUUUAUUCAACAAUUGGGUAAGUAAUCUCGUCAAAUUAAAUUAUGCGAGUGUAGACUUGGAUACGGGAGGUUUGGGGAGAUUUUCGUAUCUUUAAAAUGAAUCCUAUUGAAUCUUGUUCUAGAUUUCCAUCCCCAAAGUCCUCGUCGUAUUUUCAUUUCUACUUCACCGCUUAUAGUAAUUUUU